AUGACGCUGCCAGAUGGAGGCAGCGAUAAGGUACGCUGCCUGACGCGAUGUGGGUACCCAUCUGUGUGGUCCCAUCUGUUCUGCGAUCCUCAGGAGAUUGCUCGUCUGCUACGGGAGAAGCUGCGCACCGAGCGGGAGGUGUGGGCCAAGAAGGAGGCCAUGUUCGAGCAGGUAGGAGGGAGAGGGAAGGCGGGCCAAUGGCUGCCAACAACCUCCGCUGCCCUGUCUUUCAGGAGCUGUUGCGUGUGUGCCGGGAGAACUCGGAGAUCAACAAGGUAAGAUCAUCGACCUGAACACAUGCCAAUCUGGAUGCCGUCUGGUGUGUGUGCGCAGGAGCUGAGGGCCGCCAAGCAAGACAACAACCAGCUACUCACGAAGCCAGCAGUCAAGGUAAGCGUGAGAGGAGUGACGGCUUCAAUCAUGCAUUUGUGUGUGGGGGUUUGGGUGUCAGACGACAGCGACCCUACCAGAGGGGAGCUGCGUGGCACUUCUCCCUCUACGCCUCCGCCCGUGCCGUCCAUCUAUCCAUCCACCCUGCCAUCCAUCAUGGGAGGGAAGGCGGGCGGCAAGAAGAAACAGAUGCGCGACAAGGCCGCCAAGAAGGUAAGCGAGGGAGGAAGAUAUGGGCGGGAGGCAGGGAGGGAGGCUGAUUCACAUUGGAGCGGACGCCUGUGUGUGGCUCCUGUUGGCAUGCCUUUUUUCAGGCCGUAAGCUCCGACGCACCGUCAACGUCCAGCACCGCAAGUACCGCUAGCGCCAUCGAGGUGCGCGAAUCAUGGGCUCCCCUGACGGCUUGUUGGGUACUCAUUCGAAUGUUCCCAUGUGUGCUGCGACUCUCAGGAGUUGAUCCGUCUGCUCAAGGACAAGCUGCGCACCGAGCGGGAGGAGUGGGCCAAGAAGGAGUAG